UGUACGCUCCCCAGUUAUUUCACAGCAUAGCUUAAAGGAAAGGAAAUGUGCCAUUUGGGGGUAAUGUUUAAUGCAGUGCAUAUCCCUAACGAGUGCUGGUGCUUUUACCAAUGUUAGGUGGUCCUAAGCUUAGUGAAACGAGAUCUACUUUUUGUGCCUGCUUUUCUUGCACUUUUAAAACAAGUGUGUGUUCUAUUUCUCUUGAAAUUACUCCUUUAGUUAAAUGCAGUUAGUACUUCUGACUUCAGAUUCAGUUUCCCAACCCUUAUAUGUAGAACACUGUUGUAUCUGUUCUUUUGACAUUAACCCUUUUUAAUAUGCCUGUAUUUGUGGAAUUAUUUUUUUCUUUCGGUGUAGGUCAGUAGCAAACUGUGCUGUUACACACAUGUAAAUUAGGAGUAAUUUCCUUUUAGUUAACCCAGUUAUCUGGGGGGGAGGACCUCAUUGUGCUCUUACCCAUCUUCCAGAGACUGAGAUGGGAGAUACCCACUGGUUCAUUUUGUCCUCUUUCAAGAGCCAAUGCAGGAUUUUUCCUUUUAGCAGCUAGUGUUUAGUGUACUGAUUGGUUUAACCAAGUAUAGCAGAUUGAUGACCUCACCAGUGAGCAUUCUCCUCUGGUCUUGAAGUGAAGCAGUUUGUUACCACAAGGCCAGGCAUGAAGGAGUAGAAGUCAGCGUGGGAGAUGAAUGGAAAAAGUGGUUGCUCUGCCUGAGAAAUACGUGCUUAGUUAGCAAAAGGAACACAACUUUUCAAGACUGUUCUAUGUGGAAAUCACUCCUUGCUCCAUUACCUGGUUAAGUGAAACCAGAUUAAGAACUUCUGCCAUGGCAGCUUUUCUACUAGGAACUGUGCUGCUUAUUGUUCAACCUCAUCUAGUGCCUUCCCGACCAGCUGUAAUUUCUAAGGCUGAAGCUACUACUCAAACUGUUCAGAAAGAGCUUUUAAAGAAAAUAUCUCUAAAAAAUUACUUCAAAGGAAACAUUCAUUCCAAUGGAUCUUGUCAGCAGCUACCACAAACUAUCAUUAUUGGAGUAAGAAAGGGUGGAACAAGAGCCUUAUUAGAGAUGUUGAGUCUCCAUCCAGAUAUUGCAGCAGCAGAAAGUGAAGUUCAUUUCUUUGAUUGGGAGGAUCAUUAUGGAAACGGAUUGCAAUGGUAUAUUAAUCAAAUGCCAUUCUCUUAUUCCUAUCAGAUCACAGUGGAAAAAACCCCAGCCUAUUUCACAUCACCCAAAGUGCCUGAAAGAGUUUAUAACAUGAACCAGUCAAUGAAACUACUCCUUAUUUUAAGAGACCCAAGUGAGAGAGUACUAUCUGAUUACACCCAAGUGUUCUAUAAUCAUGUGCAAAAGCACAAGCCGUAUCCAUCCAUUGAAGAAUUACUGAUUAAAGAUGAUGAGCUCAAUGUGGACUACAAGGCAAUAAACAGAAGCUUAUAUUACUUUCACAUGCAAAACUGGUUGAAGUAUUUUCCUCUUGGUCGCAUUCACAUUGUAGAUGGGGAUAAAUUAAUCAAAGAUCCUUUCCCAGAAAUAGAGAAGGUAGAGAGGUUUCUGAGGUUGUCACCUCAAAUAAAUGCUUCAAACUUUUACUUCAAUAAAACGAAAGGCUUCUAUUGCCUACGGGAUAGUGGUAGGGAACGUUGUUUACAUGAGUCAAAAGGAAGAGCACACCCUCAUGUAGAUUCUCGUUUACUUGAUAAACUGCAUGACUAUUUUCAUGAACCUAAUAGGAAAUUCUUUGAGCUUGUUGGCAGAACAUUUGACUGGCACUAAUUUGUGGUAAGUUAUAGAUAAGCUUCAGAGCCUAAGUUUCAGUGUACGCUUAGAAAUUAUAUAAAGAAGGGCAUUUAAGCUAUAAUUUAUUUGUAAAAUCCAUAAAUAUUUCUGUACAGUAUUAGAUUCACAAUUGCCAUAUAAACUACUUAUAUUUUUCUACUUGUUAACUUUGAAGACAUUUUGUAUUGUUUUUCAUGGUUGUUACAUUGUGUAUUAUGUCUCUAUACAAAAAACUAAAAUAUUUCAUUGCAGAAGAUGUUUUCUUGAGAUUAUCUGUUUAAUAUAUAAGAAAUUAAUUUCAAAAAAAUCCCUCAGAAUUAUAUGAAUAUAUGAAGUAUAGUAUCUGGACUUUCUCUCUUUAUUGUGAACCACAUGAACUUCACCUUCUCUUUUUGUUGUUUUUUUACUAGCAGUUUUAAUUUUAAAAUGUCACUGUAGUCAGAAAAGUUUUCUGACCUCCUUUAUACAAUUAAUGCUUAUUAAAGUGGAAUCUCAUGUACUUAUUAGGACAGGACAUGUCAGAAACAAUGGAAUACUCUGUAAAAAUACACACUGACUACCGUACUUACCUUCACAUUUAAUUUCAUAACCAGAACCCAUGAAAGUCUUUGGCAGUAAAAUGCCAAUUUCAUGAUAGAUUUUAUAAGAUUCUGUGGAGACAUGCUCAUAAAAAACACUGUUGGAUACAGAAGUACAGUCAACCUAAAAACUAACUAUAUUAUCUGCACUUAUGUGUGCUUUAUACUGAAAAACAGAAGUGAAGAAUAUAAGCAAUAUUGGUAUAUUUUUAGAAGUUGCUCAUGAUGGUACCUACAUUUUAUAGCAUUUAUUUAUGCUUCAGAAUAACUGAAAACCAACACCCACUCCCAAGCCAUUAGUUGGAUUAACCUCUAGAAAUGAAUGACCUUAUUUAUGUUAAGACCUCCUAAACACUGCUCCAACUGUAUACAAGUUUCAUAAGUGAACGUCAGUUACAUUCACACCUAUAUUAAAGCGCCUUUAUGCUGCCAGAGAGCUGUUUAUACCACACUAAACUAGGAAAUUAGGUCUACUCAAGGAAAAAUCCAUACCUCUGAGCAACACAGUUAAACCCAUAAAACCUUCACUAUAGAUAAUGCUAAGCUGACAGGAGAGAUUCUCCAGUCAACAUAGCCUGUCACAGUCACAGAGGUGGAGUACCUAACACCGACAGGAAAAGUCCUCCUGUCAGCAGAAGUAUCUUCACUAAAGCACAGCUGCACCUGUGGCAUUUUAAAUAUAGAUCUGCUCUUACUACACAUGUGAAUCAGAGGAUCAGAUUUUUCCCUUUCUUCCUUUGUCCUCCCUUUAAGAACCAUGAAGUAACAUGUAGUUUUCAUUAAUGGUUUACAAGGCUACACUUCUAAGGCCUUUUGUAUAUUGGGAGUAAGGUUCCCCCUCGGAUGGAAACAGAGAAUCUAAUGCAGGUAAUUGCUUUUCUUGUCUGCAGUAGGAAUGUCCAUGGUUUAUUUGCCAACAGUUGUUGAAAUCAGAGCACAUACUGCAUAUAGAAAAGGAUCAAAAUUGUACUUAAGAUGUAAGCUCUUCAGUUGUAAUGGAGGGAUCUGGCCCAUGGUCUACAAUAUGCAGAUUAAAUGUACGACACAGUAAAACUGAAUUUUCAUCAAAUUCUGGACAGAUAAGAGUUUAUAUGAUUUACAUUUGGGUACCUUUGCUGGUGAGAUGGAUGAUAGUUCAGAACCAGGCUGUGUUAGACAGGCAUGGUUGCUUGUGUACUAUCUUCUGAAUAUAAACAUCACAUACUGCUGCUUGCAUGAAUAUUUGCAACUGCUUUUCCCUCCCUCCAUUCCUUAUGUACUUUCCCAAGCUGAAUUCAACAUUAGAGAGGCUUAUUUAUUUAUUUAUUGGUUUCAGUAAAAAUUUGAAAAAAAAACCCCACCCUAAAAUGAAACAAUAUUGUACUGAAUAAAAGAUAUUUUCUUUAUG